AUUGGGUUCCAAUUAGUUUUUAAUGCCUAGGUAAGCAACAAUAUCAAACUUUAGACAGAUAAGGGGCCAUGACUCUGCCGUCAUAUUGAUAGAUGGCUCAAAUAUGCAUCGGGCAGCUCUGGUCACCUUGUGGAAUAGUUUAUCCAGAGCAUGUGGCCGCCAGAUAAGCCUGGAAAGUUGUACAUAAUUAGUGUCCAGCUGUGUGUCCAAAGCUUCGUUGUAGCAGUCACUUGACCACGACGAUCAGUCCACCUGCCGUCUUUGAAGUGCGCGGAGGUGUCCCUGUCCGAGAAAGAAUUGAAAAUGUGCACCAAAUUUAAGGAAUUGCUGUGCGGCUCUGGCCCGCAGGACAGCAUAUUCCGUAGCGAGAAGAUGUCCUUGGGGCAGAUGUUUCUGCAGCCAGAGGCCGCCUAUGAGACCAUUGCGCAGCUGGGCGAGAUGGGCUGUGUGCAGUUCCGUGAUAUGAACGAGGGCGUCACGGCGUCACAGCGCAAGUUCGUCAACGAGGUUCGUCGCUGCGAUGAGUUGGAGCGGAAGAUACGCUAUGCGACAGCAGAGUUGGCCAAGGAUGGUCUGAAGGUGGUUGAUCUGAUCGAAGACUUUCCGCCCGCACCCAAGCCCAAGGAGAUCAUUGAGCUGGAAUCGCUGCUGGAGAAGACGGAGACAGAGAUCAUCGAGCUAUCUGCGAACAAUCUGCGUUUGCAGACCAACUUUCUGGAGCUGACCGAAAUGAUUGAGGUGCUGGAGAGAACGGAUUCGUUCUUCUCCAACCAGGAGUCGCACAACUUCGAUGUGAAUAAGCGUGGCACGCACUUGGAUCCGGAGAAGUGCGACGGCAGCUUGGGCUUUGUGGCUGGCGUCAUACGCAGAGAGCGAAUGUUCGGCUUUGAGAGGAUGCUGUGGCGCAUCUCGCGUGGCAAUGUUCUGGUGCGCAGCUGCGAUAUGGAGUCGCCCGUCAAGGAUCCUAAGACGGGCGACCUGGUCCAUAAGACCAUCUUCGUCGUCUUCUUUCAGGGCGAUCAGCUGCACGGGCGCAUACGCAAGGUGUGCACCGGCUUCCAUGCCACCAUGUACCCGUGUCCCAGUUCGCAUCAGGAGCGCAUGGACAUGAUUAAGAGCGUGCGUGUACGCCUCGACGAUCUGAAGAUCAUCAUCAGCCAGACGGAGGAUCAUCGCUCCUGUGUGCUGAAGGCCAUCAAGAAGCAGCUGCCCAACUGGACGGCCAUGAUCAAGAAAAUGAAGGCCAUCUAUCAUACGCUGAACAUGUUCAAUGUGGACCUGGGCAGCAAGUGCCUGAUCGGCGAGUGCUGGCUGCCGCAGCGUGAGCUCGAGGAGGUGGAGACUGUGCUGUCGGAGGCAUCGCUGGCCUUGGGCAGCACGGUGCCCACAAUAUUCAAUAUACUCGAGACGAAGAAGGAGCCGCCCACCUAUUUCCGCACCAAUAAGUUCACCUACGGCUUCCAGGUGCUGAUCGAUGCCUAUGGCGUGGCGGAGUAUCGUGAGGUGAAUCCCGGUCUCUAUACGUGCAUCACGUUUCCGUUCCUGUUUGCCGUCAUGUUCGGCGACAUGGGCCACGGGUUUUUGGUCUUUCUGCUUGGCCUCUGGAUGGUGGUUGACGAGAAACGGCUCUGCAAGCAGCGCGCUGGUGAGAUCUGGAAGAUUCUAUUCGGUGGUCGCUACAUCAUAAUGCUGAUGGGCAUGUUUGCCGUUUACACGGGCUUCAUGUACAACGAUUGCUUCUCCAAGUCGUUCAAUGUGUUCGGCACGCACUGGGUCCUGCAGUACAAUAGGACGACGGUGCUCACGAAUCCCGAUCUGCAGCUGAAUCCGACGACGGACCAACGCGGCACCUAUCCCUUUGGCAUUGAUCCCAUUUGGCAAUCGGCCACCAAUAAGAUCAUCUUCCUGAACACCUACAAGAUGAAGCUCUCCAUCAUAUUUGGCGUGCUGCACAUGAUCUUCGGCGUCUGCCUUUCGGUGGAGAACUUCGUGUAUAAGAAGAAAUAUUCGUACAUUUUCCUGCAAUUCGUGCCGCAAGUGGUCUUCCUGCUAAUGCUGUUCGGCUACAUGGUAUUCAUGAUGUUCUACAAGUGGAUUCAGUAUUCGCCCAGCAGCAAGGAUGUCGCCAACUCGCCGAGCUGUGCACCUUCCGUACUGAUCAUGUUCAUCGACAUGAUCCUGAUGAAGACCGAGGUGCCGGCAGCGGGCUGCAUGGCCACCAUGUUCCCAGUCCAAAGGGAGCUGGAGACGAUAUUGUUUGUUGUGGCCAUCAUAUGCAUACCCUGGAUUCUGUUGGGUGUGCCCGUUUGGACGAUAAUCAAGCGCAAGUAUUCGAGCGACAAGUUUGAAUAUACGGGCGACACUAUCAUGGAGACCAUCGAAAUCUCUGGCAAGGAGGUGAUCAUAACAGAGCUGGAGCCACAUGGCAAGCUGGCACAUGGUGGCAAGGAGGAGCAUGACGAGGAGGAGGAGGAGCCGAUGAGCGAAAUCUGGAUACAUCAGGCCAUACACACUGUUGAGUAUAUUCUGAGUACCAUCUCCCAUACAGCCUCGUAUCUGCGUCUCUGGGCUUUGUCCUUGGCUCAUGCGGAGCUGUCCGAGGUCUUGUGGACGAUGGUGCUGUCGGAGGCUCUGCAGAUGGGCGGCUGGAUUGGCUGCAUCGCCGUCUUCCUAAUCUUUGCCGUUUGGGUGUUCUUCACCAUUGCCAUCAUGGUCAUGAUGGAGGGUCUGUCCGCCUUUCUGCACACACUGCGUCUGCACUGGGUCGAGUUUAUGAGCAAAUUCUACACCGGCUCUGGCUACGAGUUCCAGCCGCUGAGCUUCAAGGCCAUGCUGACAGAAGAAGACGAGGGCUAGAGGCGUUUUAUGUAAUC